AUGUCUGUGGAUGGUUCUGUUUCUCCAUCUCGUACAUCCACACAAAAUGAAAAAUCGGCAGUAGCAUUAUACACACCGGAAGAGCAGGUCUUUCAUCGUUUGUUUCCCCAGGUUCCAUUAUCUGAAAAACUUGUGGAGUCUCGUCAGUGUGCUUUGACGACAAAAAAAAAGAAGUUUGCACGUAUGGGAACACUUUAUGCAUCUUCACUACGAGUAUGUUUUGGUUCUCCUUUUCUUAAGGAUCCUAUAAUGGUACGGUGGGAGGAUGUGACGUAUGUUGAUAAGGGGAGCAAUUUUAUUUUUGACUCAAUUGUUAUAAAAACUAAGCAAGAAGAGGAACUCAUGUUUUCUGGUUUCCUUUCUGGUGGAACAGGACAAAUAUUCAAACUACUAAGAACUUUAUGGACUGUUAGAGUAAGAUAUGUCUUAUCAGGAGCUCCAGUACCCGUACAAACCACUGUUCCAUCUCCGGUAAUACCUGCACAGGGAUCGUCAAAAUCAUCUGAUUCCUUAUCUUCUCCAUCUGAAGAAGAUACUUCCAGAGAUGAUGAAGAGAACUCUUUAAUUGAUACAGUUUCCUCUACAAAACCAAUUAUAGCAGAAAUUGUAUCUUCUACCCCACCUUAUAAUAGUACAAAAACUGAUUCUGAUACAACGCUUUAUUCUGAUAAAGGUAAUGAGAAUGAGGAAAAAUCACAUAGUUUAUCCACUAGUGUAGGGAAGGCUUUUAUAGGACAAGAUACUGCUCCUGAAAAAUAUGAAGUCUUGCAACAAUUUCCACGAAUUCCUAAAUCAGAACCACUUAUUGAUUAUUUUCAAUGUAGUUACGUUAGUGGAGUUCAUCGAAUAGGAAGAAUUUACAUAACUACGAAUUAUAUAUUAUUUUCUUCUGUAAUGAUGUCAGAACGAUUACAAAUUGCUUUUAAAGAGGUAAAAAAUAUUGAAAAAGAACAAACAAUGGUGAUUCUUGAUGGUAUUGCUGUGCGACUUAAUAAUGGUUCAACACAUAGCUUUACUGGUUUUGUAAGCCGAGAUGCCGCAUUCAAUAUUUUAACACAUUUUUUUAAUGCCAUGAAAACGUUGAACCCUCCUCCUCAGAGUUUGCCCUACAUAAACGAAACAAUUGAUGGUGAGGUUGCUUUUACUACCAAAACAAGUGAAGCAGAUAUGUCAAAAAUUCCAGUUGUGGAUUCAUUAAACGAGUUUUCUAAAGUGUUGACGGAUUAUGGAACAGCUUUAAGUGACUUUUCAUGUUUUACCAAGGAGCUUAUGGAUCCAGUAGUGCUACCUGAGGGUAAGACAGUGUUUGAUGUAUUCAAAGUUUGCUUUGAUGAUAGUUCUUCUAUAAUGGAGGAGUAUCAUAGGGACCGGAAGGAUACUGACCAAAAAUGGGAACCAUGGCGACCAGCAUUAACGGGAAGUCCUAUUUUCUCUGGUCAAAGGCAAUUCAAAUGUACAACGAUAAUAAGAGCUUUAGUUGCCAAGGCAUGUCCAUUUACAGAAUACCAAAGGUAUGCAUUUAUGAAUGUUGAGGGUCGUGAACCCACGUUGGUCGUUCAACUUUCUGGUCAAGCUGAGGGUGUGAUGUUUGCAGACGCGUUUCGUGCAGAGGCAUUACUAAUUUUUACCCAGAAUGAUGCAAAACUUACGAUGCGAGCCUUUGGACAUAUUCAGUUCCUUAGAGAUGUUUGGGUUAAAGGAAAAAUAUUGCGUGCAUCAAUUGAUAAUGAAAUGCCUGAGUGUUAUCGAAAGUUGAGUACUAUGCUGACGGAACGGUUGAAGCAUAUUAGUUCAGUAAGGGGAUUGACUCACACUACAGAGGAGACAGUGUAUUUAACGCCCCCCACGGAGAGAGACCUGGUCUCAAAUUUGAAUCUGAGUUUCUUUCAAAUAGAAGAGUUCUUAUAUGGUGGGAAUGUUGUUCUUUCUGUGCUUGGGCUAAUUGCUUCUUUGACUGGGCUUUACUCUGUAUUUUUCUUGAACUUGGAUGAAAAUAGUUGGAAACUCCAUAGUAGUGGUAAAGAAGGUUUGUUGUUCCUUGGAUUAGUGAAAACAUUUUUUGAGUUGUUGCGACCCACAAUUUUAUCUGUUUUAGCUUUUGGUAUUCUAAAGUUUUAUAGAUUGCUGGCCAAAGAAAUUUUUUCUAUUUAG